AUGACGAAUGUAAUGAAACGGUUGGUGUCCAAGAAGAAAAGGAGGUUCCAGGAGGAUGGGUUCGAUUUAGAUCUUACAUACAUAACGGAGAACAUCAUAGCCAUGGGAUUUCCUUCAGACAGUGUGGAGGGCAUGUACCGCAACCACAAAAACGAUAUUGUGCGCUUCUUGGAUUCAAGACAUACGGACAA